CCCAUCCUCGACACCACCUCCGCUGGAGCAGGAGGCGGAGGGAGUGAGGCCACAGACCCAUCAGCUCUUCCUCCUCAGUCCGGAGUCCUGGAGCCGAACUGAACCAGAGGAUUUUUACCUUCGUGCGUAAAAGCGCGGCGCGUCCAGAGCGCGCGGAUGGCACAGAGGACGCAGUAACCGCGUCCUGUGAUUGUUGUCAGUGUUGGUGGUUCACGCUGGACACUUGUAGCUCUUCUGGACACAGGCUGAACCAGGUGACCCAACUGUUUGUUGCGUGUGAACACGCGCAGAGUCUCUCGUGGAUCGCGGGGGAGACUUUAACCGUCGCGGAUUUAUUUCGGCGGACUUUACACGUCUCUGUCUCCCGUCCUCCCGCCUUGGACCGGGGUGUUAAAGGAGGAGGAGGAGGAGGAGGGGGUGUUCGGCUGGGUGCUGCCGAGUCUCAUCUCAUGAUGGGACACGGCAGCUGUCAUCUGCCGCGAGGAUGAGCCACAGAAGCAGCCCGGCCAGGGCGUAUGACUUUCUGCUCAAGUUCCUGCUGGUGGGGGACAGCGAUGUGGGGAAGGGCGAGAUCCUGGCGAGCCUGCAGGACGGAGCCACCGAGUCCCCGUACGGAUACAACAUGGGAAUUGACUACAAGACGACCACCAUCCUUCUGGACGGGAGGAGAGUCAAGCUGCAGCUCUGGGACACGUCUGGUCAGGGACGAUUCUGCACCAUCUUCAGAUCUUAUUCCAGAGGAGCACAGGGAGUUAUUCUGGUGUAUGACAUCACCAACCGCUGGUCCUUUGAUGGGAUCGACAGGUGGAUCAAAGAGAUAGACGAGCAUGCCCCAGGAGUGCCCAAGAUCCUUGUUGGGAACCGCCUGCACCUGGCCUACAAGCGUCAGGUGACCACCGAGCAGGCGCAGGUGUACGCAGAGAAGCUGGGCGUCACCUUCUUCGAGGUCAGCCCGCUGUGUAACUUUAACAUCACCGAAUCGUUCACUGAACUCGCUCGUAUCGUGCUGAUGAGACACGGCAUGGAACGGCUGUGGAGGCCCAACAAAGUGUUGAGCCUUCAGGACCUGUGCUGUCGCUCCAUCGUCUCCUGCACUCCAGUCCACCUGGUCGAUAAACUCCCCCUCCCUCUGGCUCUGAAGUCUCACCUGAAGUCCUUCUCCAUGGCCAACGGCCUCAACGCCCGCAUGAUGCAUGGACGCUCCUACUCCGUCACCGCCAACGCUCACCACGGCGCCACCAAGAGGACGGGAGGGACACUGCUGAAAAAACCCAAACUAAUCCGGCCGCCACCGCUGAGCCCGUCUGCACAGAGCUGCAGGAACAGCUGUAAAAUAUCCUAACACCUGGACCUGUCAGUGAACGCACCGUCACCUGUUUUAUGACACUGAGGCUUUUUUUGUUCUUAAACCUCAGACAACGAUGAUGAUGAUGAUGAUGAUAAUGAUGACCUGCUACUUCCAACUGAUACUGCCAAGCAGCAUAACAGCAGGAGGUGGAAACAGAAAUAUAAAUCUCUCUCACAGGAACACAGAGUGCUCGUUAGCUUCUUUUUAACACUAGUUUCUGUUUCUGAGAACGAGCCUCAACCUCACAGUGUGUUGUUCCUCACAGAGUUUCCUUUAUUAGUCUGUCUAAGCAGCUGAAACUUUUUAACUCUACGCUUUAAAUGCUGGUGUGACGGAUUGGAUGUUAUUAGCUCCAUCUCAUAUUGUUCUCGUACGUUUUGAAUCCAUGUUGUAUGAGGGUCAAGUUUCAGCCACCAAAUGUUAAAUUAAACUCUUUAUUAAGAUUCAAAAACUGCAGCUCCAGAAAGAUUUUGGUGACAGUGUCCUGAAAACACGUUUUAGCUGUGGUCGUUGAAUGCUGACAAAAUUAUUGGUAAAGCUCCAGUGUGUAGGGUUUAGGGGCAUAUAUUGGCAGAAAUGGUACAUACUAUUAGUUUAUAAUUACAUCCCUAGAGCCAGUCUGUGACACCAGGGGUCAGCACACCCGGGUCCCUAUGAACCUGGCCCCGAUGCAAGUCCCUGCGGGUGGUGGGCCCACAGGCAGGUGGCUCCUUUUAGGUCAUUCAGGCUAAGGGCCCGUCCCAAUACCCCCCCUUGGCCCUACCCCUACAUUUGUGCGUUCCCGCGAGGGGUAGUGGUGUCCUGGCCUGGCCGUUUUAAAUGAAUGAAAGUGUCUGUGAGUUAAAACACACUGAUGAGUUAAAGCAGCGGAACAAAAGCUAAACAAGAAUGGGACGUGGAUGAGACCUCAGAUCUCAUGACAUACAUGAUGAUGAUUCACGUAAACAGCUGAAAGUCAAACUCUUCAUCAUCUACUUUUUAAGAGGACUGUUGAUGAACUUUGGACAAAAAACAAAAUCACCCGAAACACUGUUAAAAACAGCUGUUGGGUGACGUUUGAUGUCUGUGUUGUUGUUGUGGAUAACUGUUAAUUCACAGACGACUGUGUCGACAGGAAAUGUGGUCAGAGUGACAGGGUGAGGACUUCUGUCUGAAGCCGCCAUUGUUUGAAACCGAUGUUCAUUAAUUCACCAGUACUACAGAUUAUCGGGGCCACUGCUGGCAAACAAAUCUGAGGUUUUGAAUUUAAGUUGAAAUAUUUUUUGGAAAAAAUAGUUGAAAUUUUGAGAGAAAAAAGUGUAAUAUUUUUAGAGAGAUGUCAGUUUGUCAAGGAAAAAGAUAAAGUAAAAUAAAAUUAUGAAAAUGUCAUAUUUUGAUGAAUAAAAGCAAAAAUAAAGGUGAAAUAUUACAAAACAAUUUACAGUUUCUCAUAAGUAAAAAACCUUUAUGUUAAGUACUGUUAAUAUAAAACAAAAUAACAGACAUCUCCCCCAAUUUAAUUAUAACACAUGACAUCUUGCUUCAACAUGAGAUAUUCAGUUAAAAAUAUGAGAUUGUAACUAAGUGAAAAUUUGUUUUAGUAUUGUAUUUCCAAAAUUAUUUGAUUCUCCAAAAAGUCUAAACUUUUUUAAUAUAUAUAUGUAAAAUUUGGGUCUUGAAAAAUUACAAUUUUUAUUUUUGCAAAAAACAGAUUUUUUUCUCAUAAAAUUAGGACUUUUAUCUUGCAAUAUUUCUUUUUGAAAUUUUAUAACUUUAUAGUGGAAUUACUACGACUUUUUCUCACAAUGUUCCAACUUAAUUUUUGAAAUAUUUGUAGAGUUUUGACCUGAAAAUAUUACUUUUUUAAUUUCAAAAAGUCAACAAAACAGCUUUAUUCAUAUUUCACAUGAACUUUUCCUCAAAAUUUUACUUUUUUUAAUUACAAAUUUACAUUUACAUAUUCCUGUUUUGUUUUUUCCUCAAAAAUUUACUUUUUUUUUUUUUUUUAAUUACAAAUUUACAUUUAAAUAUUCCUGUUUUGUUUUUUCCUCAACAUUUCAACUUUUUUUUCCCUGAAUAUAUUUUGCUUUAUUCUUGAUAAGUUUUUUGUUUUCCUGACAGUGGCCUGACCAGCACUCAAACCACUGACUCACAGCAACAUGUUUGUGACUCCCCCCCCACAGAGAGCUUUAAGACAUUAAAGGAAACUUUAGGAAUCACAAACUGAGGAAGAAAUCUAUAAAAACAAAUGACUUCAUCACUGCAAGAAGACGGAUCUUAUUAUUGAUGUUUAACUGCAGCUAAAUUUUCCUUUGACGCCUCUUUAACGGUGAGUUGUUGUGUUCACAGUCGUGCAGCUUCUUCCUCAGGAUGUUUUUAAAGCACUUUGGGCACUGUAUUUUCUCUCAACACACUGACAUUACACCCUCCUCUUCUUCAUGGCCUGAUUCACUGGCUCUCCAGACACUUACAGCUGCAAUUUGUGUACAAUAUUUGUACGUAAUGUAAAUAUCACUGUUUGAUACGAUGAUAAAUAAUAACCUGUGGGAUUUGUAUCUGUUUUCAGUGUACAGUGACGUUAUAUUUUUUCCUGAGUGACGCCAAAGACUCAGCUGACAGAGGAGGUCACUGAACAGACGGCUGUGUUUUGCACUGUUUAUCAAUGUUUAAUAAGAUGCACCUUUACAAUAAACUGUACCCACCGUGAGGCUGCAGUUUGUGGUCUAAGAAAUAACAUAUUGUUUGCCUUACGAAUGAAAUAUAAAAACAUAAAUAUUAAAA